CCGUAGUUAUAGCAACGGUAUUAAUGACCCUGUAAAUGCUUCUGGGCCGUUUUGUAUACUGCAAGAUGACGAUACAGAAAAAUGAGCAGGCACUGAAGGAUUCAGACUUUCAGUUCAGCUGAAGAGAAGUGAAGCCCGAAUUGGGCAGUUCAGGUCGGCACAAAGAACUACAGCACAAUGAGAAGUUCUCCUUUGUUAGUAAUCCCUCCGCAUCUUUCUUCAAGCUAUUUUUGUUACUUGCCAGAAACCCGGAGGGAUUCCUCGCAUACUUAUUUCCUGCUUAUUUUUGAAGCAAAAGGUUUUAUCAAUCCGUGCCAACAAUGCAAGCAACAGUAUUGGGCUGAGCGCUUUCUGGUCCUUCUGUGAGAGGUGUGGGAGAUCAGCAUGGAGAGACUGUCGCUGAGUCAUGCAGGAGCGCUGGGACUCCUGGGCCACUGAAUAUUAGCCAUUUGCAAGAACCCUCAAGAAAAGCUUGCUGGUUACCUAACACAGUAAUAUGCCAAGGGCUGUGAAUCUUCCUUAGUCUUCAGAAAAGCUUCAGGCAUAGGAGAGAAUGGUCUCCAAGUUUAAAAUCUUUGCUUUCCGAUGACCAAAUUACACCCCAAUCCUGACCAUGUUGAUGUAUCUUCCCCAGAGGAUGGAAGAGCAUCACUUCAGAGAGGAGCAGGCUCAGCAAGAAACUACGACAACAAAUCAAAGCUGCUUUGCCUUUAAAAGUUCAUCUUUGCCUCGUCCGAGAGAAGCAGAAAGGUGACUGGGUCAGCCUGGAGGUACAUCCACUUGAGAAGGUUUCUGUGUGAGCAGCGAGUUAACCGUGUGGCAGAAUGGUUGCUUUAAAUAGAAGGGGAAAAUGAACAGAGGAACCAGCAAAGCUCAUCUCACUUCUCAGAAUUGAUUCUCUGACCCUUUUAACUGUCUGUGCCUCUCUGAAAAUCUCCUCCAGCUUUUAUCUGCACCAUUCCACCUUUUGCAAUAGAGGAAAGCCCCUGAAGCCUUUUCCGCCCUUUUAAAAGAAUCCACCUCUGCAGCCAGACACCAAGCUUCAUUUCUGGUAAGGUUUACAAUCCCACUCACUCCUUUGUCUUGGCUUAUACGUCACCCUCUUUCUCUUGGGUGGGCAAAAAGGGGACGGUGCUGCCGCUGUGCUGACUCCUGACUGGGUCACCGAGCGCUGCUGGGCUGUCUGGGCUAGGCUAUAAAACAGAGCCAAGGCAGCGCCGCUGGCUCGGAGACGAGACUGAAUUCUGCAGUCGGUGAAGGACCCGCACGCAGCCUCUGCCGCCUCCUGCCUUCUUGUUUUUCCUGGAAUACGGAACCGACCUCGGGAGCAAGAUGUGUAAGGGACUCGCUGCGCUGCCAGCCACUUGCUUAAAAAGUGCCAAAGACAUGAAGCAUCGUCUGGGCUUCUUGCUGCAGAAGUCAGACUCCUGUGACUACAGCUCUUCCCAGGGCAAGAAGGAGAAAAUAGCUUCAAGCCAGAGGGUUAGCCAAGAGGAAGUCAGGAAGUGGGCAGACUCUUUGGAAAACUUGAUCCAUCACGACAGAGGACUGGCUGCUUUCCGUGCUUUUCUCAAAUCUGAGUACAGUGAGGAGAACAUCGAGUUCUGGGUCAGCUGUGAGGACUACAAGAAAACCAAGUCGCCAGCCAAGCUCAGUCCCAAGGCCAGAAAGAUCUAUGAUGAGUUCAUCUCGGUGCAGGCAACAAAAGAGGUGAACCUGGAUUCAUGCACACGGGAGAAGACGAGCCACAAUAUGCUGGAGCCUACGCUGUCCUGCUUCGAUGAGGCUCAGAGAAAAAUAUUCACCCUCAUGGAAAAGGAUUCUUACCGCCGUUUCCUCAAGUCCCCCUAUUACCUGGACUUGGUCAGCCCACCCGGUGCUGGCUGCGGGCCCGAAAACUGCAAAAGAAGCCACACUCACACCUUAGACUGCAACUCUAACAUCAUCUCUCAGUGCGCCUGAACCUGCAGCAAGGCAGGAGCGGGCUGGGCUCUCGCAAGAAUAUACGGCAGCAAAAGCAUUCAUUGGCAUGAAGCAACAGAGCUGUCUCCAAUAGCUGUCUAAUGUCCCAGUUGUAUCCAAUGUCAUGCAACAGCCAGCAUUUGUAACCCAAGCAAGGCUCAGUUUGUGUAGCAAACCCUCCUCCGACUCCAUCGGUGUAGGAGCCCUGGAGUCUGUGUCUGCUGUGAAAGCUGGGUGCCAUCGUUGUGUGUCCGCUGUGUUUCUGGGGAGCCCUGCGAGCCCAGGAGGGCGGUGGGGGAGCGCGCGCUCAGACCCAGCACUGCCAACCGAGGGACCGGGCUGGCGGUGUUGCAGCGUGACACCUUGCCAGGAGCAGGGGCAAGAGGAAGCCAAGGGAAGCCUUGGGGACUGUGAUCUCCCCUUUCUAAUCGGCAAAAGCUGGGGUGGAAAGGACCGGCUCUGGUCCUUAGCUGUUCCUAGAGCUCCCAAAGGUCUAGGCUUUCAGUAAUAUUUGCUCAGCACUCAGGCUGUGCUGCAUUACAGUACUCAGACAUAGGAAGAGCUCCUACUCUUUCUUGAAGGGAAACCAAAACUUUGCAGGCAAACAGCCUCCCCCCCCCCCCCCCCCGUCACCACAGCCACAAUCGCAGGGAAGCUCUGCCCUCUGGCUGCUUCUCCCUCUGUAGCAUCUGGUUGAUGCUGGCCGAGGAUCUGGCCUAGGGCUGUACAGAGCUAUUAUUCUGGGGGAGGUUCGUUAUUUCAUAUAUUAUUAAUUGUGUCCUUCAUGCUCCCAGGUUAAAUGCUGAGCGGGACAGAAAGAUGUUCCUUCUCUCCCAGGCUGCAGGUGUGUAUUCCUAACUCUGGGAGUGCCGUCUGCGUUCAGGUUUGCCUGCCCUGGCUUGUAUGGAGCCGUUUGUGAUGGAAUAGGAAUGCUACCACAAUGGCUGGGGAGGAAAGACCCUGCCUGGGAGUACUUGAAAAUGUCGUUGUUUUGGGGGUUUUUUUAUGUUAUUAUGUGAGUUUAUAAUUCAGUAGUAGCAUGACUCACUUUUUUCCUGAAGAUGAUAGGAGGAAUGUGUCAGUCUCAUUACUGCUCCCGGGCUUUGCCAGAAGGCAGCUCGCUUUUUAAUCACUGCGGUUAGACACGGCCUUCCCUGGGGACUUUGGGACUGACACUGACCUGCAGCUGGGGGCACGAGGCAGAGCUGCAGGGCUUGCAGUCUUGGGCUGCAGUACCGGGGAUCGCCCGCCAGCAGCUGGGACCGCCUGCUCCGAGCGGUCCGGUGGCUGUCGGUGACACUGUCCCCCAACCCUUGGUCUCUCCUUAGUUGGAUGUUGCUGCUCUGACAACCGUGUAUUCCUUGCUCUGCGUCCCAGUCCAGAUAACAGUUCUCACACCGGGGUUUUGACAUGGCAGGAGGAGGCUGUGGUUCUCCGGUAGGCACGUCCAGGCCCACAGAGAAACAUCUCUUGACAUUUGCUUUAUUUUGUAUUUAUUAGAUUGUACUGACACGUACUGCCCCUGCAUGUUCAGCUGAGAUGGAGAGGCUUGCUAAAGCUCUGAACAUAACCAAGCAUGUGGCUAUGUUUUAUUUUCCCCUGGUACCGGGAACUCUUGAUAACUAUUGCAAAAACUGUAUUGAUAUUUAAAUAAUGAUGAAUACAUUCUAAAUAAAAACGUUUGCAUUAGUCCCUUCUAAAA